CAUCGAUUAAGACAAGACACACCCGGCUUACAAGUUUUAUGGAGUGGACCGAGUUUUUAUUUUAAACAUGUCGAUUUUUUUGAUAAUUUUGUCCCUGUUCUUGCUGGGUUAUCAAGAUGGAGGAAAUUGUUACAUGGUGGAGAACGAUACAACGGCAAUGAUGUACUUGGAACGAUUCGGCUACAUCGAGCGUGACGAUAUGCCACGAUCCAUGGAGAUGAAGGAAGCCGUCCCUCCGCUGAUGGCGUUUCAAAAAAUGUGCGGAAUCGAUCAAACGGGAGAACUUGACACGAAAACGGUCGAAAUGAUGAACACGCCGCGCUGCGGGAACAAGGACAUGAUGCGCGUCCCCCUGCAGAAUUAUUCCGACGACGACGACAGCUAUUAUCUCGAGACGAAUCGGGUUCAACGAUAUGUCCUAAAUCAGCACAGAUUGAAGUGGACGAAACGCUCCGUGACUUAUCGGAUGGGCAUGUUUUCGCAAGAAAUGCAGAAACACGUGACGGAAAAACAAGUCCUUGACGCGAUUCAUACCGCUUUCCAGAUGUGGUCGGACGUAACAAAUUUAGACUUUGCGUACAGACCGAAAGAAAAAAGGGUUGAUAUCGAGCUAAGUUUUACGACGAGAAAUCAUCCCCAAGAUGGAUAUCCGUUCGACGGUCCUGGUCAAGUCUUGGCUCAUGCUUUCCCUCCGGGAGAGUCCUCAAUUUCGGGAGAUGUGCACUUCGAGGAUGAAGAAAAUUGGCAUGUUCACUCCCCAAAGGGUACCGAUGUACUGUUCGUCGCUGUCCAUGAAAUUGGGCACGCAUUAGGUCUAAGUCAUUCUUCUACAAAAGGAGCUAUCAUGGCGGCCUUUUACGGAGGUUAUCACCCAAAGUUGAAACUUCAUCAAGAUGACAUUGACGGGAUUCAGGCAAUUUAUGGGAAGCGAGAAGUGUUACGACCGCAGAAAAUAUUACCGCAGCAAACAGCACCUCCACCAACGACGACAACGCCCAGAACGACAACGACAACACCCAGAACGACGACAACGACAACGACGACGACGCCCAGAACGACGACUACAACGAUGACAACAACGCCCAGAACGACCACGACCACAUUGCCUCCCACUACGAGAUAUUGGAAGGACGUGGAAGUCGAUGAGAGGUGGAAAACUCCAAAAAUUUCGGGAAAUCCUAAUACUGGUCGUCCAGAUUUAUGCCAGGGUGGAAAAAUUGAUGCCAUCACGACUUUGAACGAUAAUAAGAUCUACGUCUUCAAAGGCGCGUACGUAUUUCAGAUAAGUCCGACAGGCGAAGGGGUCCUGCCUGGAUGGCCGAACCACAUCGGGUACACGUUCCCCGGCCUGGAGACGAAUUUAGAUGCCGCCGCGACACGAGAGAAUGGUCGAACAUACUUUUUUAAAGGAAGCAAAUAUUGGAGAUUCACCGGCACCAGGAUGGACCCUGGUUAUCCGAAAGUUAUGGUCCAUCACUUCCGUGGAAUUCCGGACCAUGUCGACUCAGCUUUCGUGUGGUUUGGACAAUUCUACUUUACAAAAGGCGACAAGUUUUGGCGAUUUGACCCCAAAAAGAAGCCCCACGUGUCGCCAUUUUACCCUCUGCCAACCCACAUUUGGGGAUUUCGCCACGGGGUGGACGCUGCAUUUACGGCGCCGAAUGGCGAACUAUAUUUUUUCCAUGAUUCUCUUUAUUAUCGAUUGGACGCUACGACGUUCAAGAUUGCGGCAACGUCUUCGCCACCUUAUCCAAGGUCGUCGCUAGUCUCAUGGUUUGGAUGUUCAAGGCGACCUGAUUUCCGAGACAUUAGAAAUUUAUUUCCCGGCCCCAUCAUAACGAACUCGGAUGAUGACUAUUCUUAUUAAAUUAAUCCACAAAUCGAUCACGUGUAUUAUAUUCAUAAUAAUCUAAUAAGCUUUUUUGGUUUUAUUUUAGCUCUUAUAUCUUGUUUAUGAUAUGCAUUUGAUCAAAAUUAAGUUCAACAAAUCUAAAUAUUUAA